UUUAAAUACAACUUUACUAGCCAGCUGGGUGUACAUUUAAAUAACCUCGUGUACGUCUCACUCCAGAACUCGAGCGUAAACGUGCACACUGCUGUCAGAUUUGUGAUCUAGGUUUUCAUUUCGUUGCUGGGGAUCGAUAUCCGUUAUUUUUUCUUCAGCUGGAUAUAAUACACUCACAAUGUCAAACGUCCAGUUAUCCAGUAGUACCUUGGAGCGGCUAGCAGCACGGAGGACCUUCCCCCUCCACGCCCGCACCGGCGCCUGCCGGAAUCUUUUUGGACCGGUCGACCAUGAGGAGCUCAAUCGGGAGAUGAAGUCGAAGCUCCGUGAAAUUUCCGAGCGGGACCAGCGUCGGUGGAACUUUAACUUCGAGACCGAUACGCCGCUAUCUGGAGAUUACGCAUGGGAGGAGGCGUCUGUGGAUGCAAUGCCCGUCUUCUACCAGGACUCUUUGCAAAUUGGGAAAUCUAGGAUUGUUGUUCCAGUGGUCGGGAAGCAACGGGACUGUACUGUCCAGGCCGUAUCAUCUUCUUACAUUGCCGAUGAUCAUCUGUCAGAUGCUGAAAGCGCCGUGUCCCGUACCAGCGAGGUGAACCAGGAGAACUGCUCGGAAAAACUGAACUCAGGCAAGCCCAAAUGCAAAGCCAUCGCUUGCGUGCGACGGAAAAGGACAUCUACUACUGAUCUCACAUCGACCACCAUAACUCACAUCACCGAUUUUUAUGGGAAAAGAAAAAGAAUAAAUGAAACGAAGCAAAUUGAAGACACCUCCCAAAACAGCGCACCUACGAUUCACGUCGAACAAACUCCACGCAGAAGAAUUCGUUAAAGGUAUUUGCACUGUGAUAAUGUGAAGACAGCUUCCUCUGACACCAGAGGAGGACAGGAAAGCGCAUCUGGUCAUCAUUUAGCCUGGUGUCCCCCUGCGCUUGUACGAGGAGCGUCUGAUCGGCUCUCAGGACACAGUGGCUGGGAGACUGUACUCGCCGAAGGACUUCAGAGAAAUGUAGCAAGCUGGUGGUUCCGCUCGGAGCCGCUUGACAGUGUUAAAAUACAUUAACAACUGUGCAAUCUUAAAUAACUUAACGUCUACACUGGCAAAAAGUGUACAGCUUUAAAAAAAAAAACGAAAAAGACAAUAUGAAAGUAUAUGUUGUUUAUUUCUGUUAAAUGUAUCUUGAUUUUUGUAAAUAUAUAUUUUUAAAGAAUAAUCUAACUUAUAAUUUUUUAUUUAUGUUUCAUUGUAUAUCGUAUUGUAGCCAAAGGGCAAUCUUUUUAUUUAAAGUUUAUAUUGUGAUGUUUUGCAAUCAUUAAUGUAGCUUUUCAUAGUAAACUUGAAAUUAGGGUCCAUUACGUUUCUGAGCCGUCAAAUAUCACUGCCCAUUACGUGUUCCCCAAAAGAAACGAAUAAAGGCAUAUUUUCAUGCUA